GUACGGACACUCUUUGUCAGUGGUCUGCCCCUGGAUAUCAAACCCCGAGAGCUGUAUCUCUUGUUCAGACCAUUCAAGGGGUAUGAAGGUUCUCUUAUUAAACUCACUUCAAAGCAGCCUGUGGGUUUCGUUAGCUUUGAUAGUCGCUCAGAAGCAGAAGCUGCUAAGAAUGCCUUGAAUGGAAUUCGUUUUGACCCAGAAAUCCCUCAGACGCUCCGACUAGAGUUUGCAAAGGCCAACACGAAGAUGGCUAAGAGCAAAUUAGUGGGAACUCCUAAUCCCAGCACUCCUGCCACCCCCAAUGCAGUACCUCAGUUCAUUACCAGAGAGCCAUAUGAACUCACAGUGCCUGCACUUUACCCCAGUAGCCCUGAAGUGUGGGCACCGUACCCUCUCUACCCAGCGGAGUUAGCACCUGCUCUACCUCCGCCUGCUUUCACCUACCCUGCUUCACUGCAUGCCCAGAUCCGCUGGCUCCCUCCCUCAGAGGCUACUUCUCAGGGCUGGAAGUCCCGUCAGUUCUGCUGAAUCCUGUAUAUCAGGUGUGUGAUGGCGGCUACACUCUGUCUUGUGGGUAUUGAUGCAUUCUUCCAAAGUCGCUACUGAUGUCUUACCUUCAUCUUCCAAAUUGCAGUGUGGUCGGUAAGUCACCAUCUACUGCAAUCAUAAAAGUACACAUUAUUUUGAAUGAAACAAUCUUUUAAUACUUUUUCAACGUUGGAAACGUUCUACACUAAUACAGUAUGUAGCUUUAGAUCACUUUUUCAUAAAUAAGUGGACAGGUAUUUUUUACUUAAUUGUUUAAUUAGGUUCGCUUUAUCUAGUUUUAGACCUUGAAUGAAGAACAGAUUGUGUUUUAGAUUUAUGCAGAAAUAUUGAAAAUACAAAAGGAUUCACAAAAUUUUCAAGUACCAUAUUUUUCAGAGUAUAAGGUGCACCUUUUUUUCCUCAGAAAAGAGGCUGAAAAUCUGGUUGCACCUUAUACAUCAAAUCAGCAUUUGUUUGCCUCCCGAAGCCCAACCCCUUCACAAAAAUGGCCAUGCAUACCCUUAUGGAGGCUUUU